UCUAUUGGCAACGCUAAAACCACAAGAAACGACAACAGCAGUCGCUUUGGGAAGUACAUUGAAAUCGGUUUCGAUAAGCGGUAUCGAAUCACAGGUGCUAACAUGAGAACUUACCUGCUAGAAAAAUCGAGAGUGGUGUUCCAGGCGGAAGAGGAGAGAAAUUACCAUAUCUUCUAUCAGCUUUGUGCUUCUGCGGCAUUGCCUGAAUUUAAAGCUUUGCGAUUGGGAAACGCAGGCUAUUUUCACUAUACAAAACAAGGGAGAAGCCCGGUAAUUGACGGAAUUGAUGACGCUAAGGAAAUGCUUAACACACGACGGGCUUGCACACUCUUGGGCAUUGUUGAUUCCUGUCAGAUGGGAAUUUUCCAAAUCCUUGCUGCUAUUCUGCACUUGGGCAAUGUCUCCUUCACAUCUCGAGAUGCUGAUAGCUGCACAAUACCCCCUAAACACGAGCCCCUCCGGAUCUUCUGCGAUCUCAUGGGAGUGGAAUAUGAACAGAUGGCGCACUGGCUUUGCCACAGAAAGCUGGCUACUGCCACAGAGACCUACAUCAAGCCAAUUUCCAAGCUGCAGGCUAUCAACGCCAGGGAUGCUCUCGCGAAGCAUAUCUACGCGAACCUUUUUACCUGGAUUGUUGAGCACGUGAACAAAGCUUUGCAGUCCACCGUGAAACAGCAUUCUUUCAUUGGCGUAUUGGACAUUUAUGGGUGA